AUGGCAAUCUUUCUCCCCGACCAAACCUGGAGGGAUAUUGAGUCUCUCAUCCGUGAAGCCCUCAGUGCUAGGGAGACAUACCGAACACAAGCCCAAAACGCCCGCACCUCAGCCGCAGCCUGGAAACCCGUCAUGAAACUCCUAUCCAAGUUCCCCGAAAACACAUUCAAUCACACUGAGGUCACCGACAUCAACCCAUACGGGAGAGAAGUGCUCGUCGCUUUUACAGAAGGUAUCUGGGCAUUCAGCCUUGGGCCUAUCCUACAUGAUCUGGACUGUCCUCAGACUGCCACAGACCUGUACUCGUAUUUUGCUCAGGACUUGUACCAAGUUUGGUACAAUACCGACGGCAGAGGACGUACUUAUGCAACCCUGUUCAGUGAAGUGACGAACAGUGUGGCGGAUUAUAAUCUGAUCACGAUGGAUGCCGUCGCACGACAGGGGCUGGUCAAUUCGCCACGAGCAGCUAUGGCUGCGCAUGCUUGGAUCAUUACGAACGCCAUGCAUGGGAAUAACGAUUGGGAGAUGAUACAGAGAGCUAGAGAGCUUUGGGAAGCGAGAUGUGGACCUUUUGUGGUAGCUACGAAUUAG